GAAACGACGUCCCGAGCACGUUGAAGGCACGCUGCUCGUCGCCGUCCGUGGCGAUCAUGGAGACCCCCUCGUCGACCACCCUCCUGAACCCACGAUUGCGGUUCAUCGGACGCAGCUCAAGUCCCCGUAUGCCGGACAGCGGAGUGGACAACACCCCUCAUGCAGCCCAUCACCGUAUACACGCUGCUGCUGAGGAGGACGACGAGCAGCCCACUCCCCGGAUACCAUUCAAGGCUAUCACCUUGUCCAGUGGUGACCCCGGUCCCAGUAAUGUCGUCAAUUCUGUUCCAACUAAUGCGAUACCUUCCGAUACCCCAGCCGCCACCCGUCUGCGCGCUCUCAUUUCCCGUGUAUCUCUCCCCCCUCCCAACGUCUCUUCUGUUGUUUCUGAGAAUGUUCCUUCGGAACCGGAUUCUGACGAUGCGUUUUCAAGACUUGGCUCGAGUACUACCAGCACUGCCCGCGACAACUUGAGGGAUCUUUUCUCCAGAGCUUUGCGCGAUUCCAUGCCACAGAACAGAAGGCGGCGUCGAAAUAGUGUCGAUAAUAGCGAAAUCGAAAUAUCACCAGUGUCGGACAGAGAAGAAGUUGGACAUCAAAGGAAACAACGGCGUAGCUGGAGUGAUGAAGAGGGAGAGAAUCCAAGGUUGACGAGAGAAUCCGAUAGUUCUGCUCGGUCAUCGCAUGCAACGACUUUUAACACUCUACGUGCACGGCUUGCGUCCUCACAAUCUCAGAUCAUGGAUGUGCACCUGCCAACGACCUUGUAUGACCAAUCCGACAUGUCUCCGCUAAGUCCACCUACGCAUGCUCCUCCUCGGACUGCAUCCAUGCCAUCCCAACAAUUAGACCCGUCACUUGGAACCCCACCCGCGGCUACUAGCACCCCGCAACAGUCGUUUCAGUUUCCCUCAAGGUUAACUUCUCAGUCAAACUUGUUGGAACAAGACUCCAUCAUGCAAGGAGCCGUGGGUGAAGUGUUGGAUUCUGACAGUCAAGCUUCUCGGCCUUCCUCCAAUAUGAUGAAUCCAAUCAACGUCCCCGCCAGCUUACGCCCACUUGUGAGCGCAAAUUCUAUUGUGCCCGAGCCGAAACCUGUGCUUGCUGGCCGUGAACCUAGUUCCAGUGAUUCGAAGAUUAAGGGAAAAUCCAAGGACCGUGAUCACUCUCCUAGUGAUAGCAAGCGAAAUGGCCAGCGUGAGCGCAAUUGGGACCGUCAUACACCUGGGAGGUCUGACACACCAAAUCACCACUAUUCCCGUAUUCCCCAUGGAUCCCCUUCCCAUAUCAAGUCGAUCUCCCAUGAGUCAUUUACGACACGUGAAUCUCCGCGGUCAUCACUCCAGAGCCGUUUGAAUAGGCGGGGGAGCGUUGCGUCAUUAAGUAGCUUCGAUGAUGACUUUAGUUCCCGACCGAGCUCAAGGGGUUCCUUAGCUGACAAUCAUGAACUUUUUCGCGAAAGAAAUUACGAGAGAGAGCGCGAUUGGAACAGACCGCAUCCACAAUCCAGGCCCUCGUCGAGUCUAAGUAACAGUUCGCACAGUCACGCUCACUUGCACCCACCUCGUCCGCUUUCUGCGACUCCGUAUCAGACACCUACGCUUGCUUCUCUGCAACGACGAUCCUCGCGUUCUUCCCUUCGUUCGUCUUCUCCAACCUCCUUGGCCAGCCGCGAAUCGCUGAAAGAGCAGGAAGAAGAAGAGAAACGCGAAAUUACGCAUGAAAGGGAGAGAAACUGGAAUUCACCUCGUCCGACAUGGGGGAUCUCCAAGCGACACAGUUUGGGAAGCAGUGGAAGUGGUGGGACUUCGCCACCUGCACACCGGCUUUCCAAAGAGUCCAUCAAAAGGUUCUCUGCGAGUAGCCACGAGGCACCUCACCUUGGAUCAUCCGUUUCGCAAGCAUCUGAUCCGUCCAACGUUCUUGCAGGUCAUGAGCCCUGGCACUCGGACCAAUUUCGCCUGUGGUUGAAUCAGAACCAUGGGUUUGGGAGUCAUUCCAGGUACAGUCACAGUCCAACGAAGACACCGGCAGCUGCAUCGAAGUUCGGCUGGCAUUUCCAUCGGCAAUCCUUGCCACCACUUGAAUUUGACAGCUCACCCGAUCCUUCUACGCGUCGCCAGAAAUAUAGUCACGAUGACCCGUCACCUCCUAGUUCGAGGCCGUCGAGUCGUGCUUCAGGGAUUAUCAAACCAAGCAUGAUUCCGGUUCGUACUGUAAUGAAAGCGACGCCAGGCGAUGGCCAUUCAGUCCCCGUGCCUAAGCCCUCGUAUCCAGGUGAUGACCAUGACCACUUUUUACACAAUGGAAGCCAAGGGGGAUCUGCGGGGCAGGAAGACAUGGUUUUGGCUAGUGACGAAGAAUCGAUCAUGGACUUUCUUCCUUCUCAACCCGUACAAAGUCAGGCAGACGCUCCAGAUGCUACCCCCAGAGGCCUUGACACUGUUGACGCAGAAGCUUCGGCGCCUUCCAGGUCACUACUGGAGUCACGAUUCUCGCUCUUCGAAACUUCGGCUACCGACCGCCCUCUAGACGAGCCUCGCCCAGAGGGAGCACUGCUUUCGUCUCAAUCUCCGCAAAGUACUGGGAUUUGUCUGGACCCCUCGUCGUCCGCUGUACCCGCAAGCUUCACCCCUCCUGGAACCCCACCUUCCACUUCUAACAUCGGGACAGGGAACCUGGAACCAGCGCAGCAUGGUAUCCUAUCUACCCCGCCUUGUCCACCAAUUUUCAGUUCUGCUGUCCUCCACCUCCGAACCCCUUCCCCUCCUCGUGAUCUACCUGAUCUUCCGGAUCCCCCAUCAGACGACAACGUAUCAAACGGUACGCCGGUGAAACUGGGUACAGGGAACUAGUUCAUAUCCAGAUUUCUCAACAACAAAAACGCCCAAGCCACCUGGCGCAUGGGCUGUGACACCCCAGCAGAUUCAACCUCCAUCUAAGACACCAUCACCUGCUCACUCAUCAGCUGCAGAAUCUACCCACAAUUUAUCGACUAU